AUGGAUGUCGAUUGUCACUCUUUCGCGGACAAGACAAUAUUGAUCUUGGGUGUCACCGGAUUCCUUGCAAAAAUUUUUUUAGUUAAAUUACUUCGCAUACAACCACCAGUCAAGAAAAUCUAUCUUUUAAUAAGAUCAAAUUCCAAGCAAUCCGCAGAACAACGGCUUCAGAAAGAGGUUUUUGAAACUAAAGUCUUCGAAGUUAUCAAGGAAGAAUAUGGAAGAGAAUUUAGCCAUGUUAUAGAGGAGAAGGUUGUUCCAAUUUGUGGCAAUAUUUCUCUUGAGAAUUUGGGAAUUGUCGAUCCAAUCUUGGCUGAAGUCAUUCUAAAAGAGGUAGACAUUAUUGUUAACUCAGCGGCAACAACAAAAUUUAAUGAAAGAUAUGAUGUAGCAUUAGGCAUCAAUACUAUGGGAGCAAAAAAUGUCAUGACUUUUGCAGGAAAGUGUUCAAAACUCAAGGUGCUUCUCCAUGUUUCAACAGCUUACAUCCAGGGCAUGAGGGAAGGGCUCUUGAAGGAAACACCGCUUCGUACGGGGGAGACACUUAAUGGAGCUAAAGCUAUACGACUAAAUAUUGAUAAAGAGAUAGAAAUCAUGAAUACAAGAAUGGAUGAGCUUCAAUCUAAAAAUGCAUCCGAGAGAGAAAUUUCGUGGGCAAUGAAAGAGUUGGGCAUGGAAAGGGCGAAGUUGCAUGGAUGGCCAAACACGUAUGUGUUCUCGAAAGCAAUGGGAGAGAUGCUUUUAGGAUCAUUCAAGGAGAAGGUUGUGACAAUUAUACUUCGCCCAACUAUCAUAACAAGUACUUAUAAAGACCCAUUCCCUGGUUGGAUGGAAGGAAUAAGAACUAUUGAUACUGUUUUUGUUGCUUACGGGAAAGGAAUGAUGAAAAAUUUCAUCGGCAAUCCACACACCAUAGUCGACCUAAUCCCAGGUGACAUGGUUGUAGAUGCUAUGUUGGCAGCUGUGGCCUCACGUCUUUCGAUCCAACCAUCACAUGAUAAAUUUAUAAUUUAUCAAAAAAAUCCAAUGGUUGAUCAUAGAGGAAAACAAGUCAAUGUGGGAGAGCUAAAUUUGCUUAGCUCCUUGCCAAGCUUUCAACAAUACAUUAGAAUGCACAAUUUGCCAUUUUUGCAGAUGAUGAAGUUAUUAAAUCUUAUUCUAUGCAACCGGUUUCGAACCUCGAUAACCAGUGCAACCCGGAGUAUUGAUAGUUUGACAAGAUUGGCGGAACACUACAAACCUUAUGUGUUCCACAAUGGAAUCUUUGAUGACUUCAAUACUGAAUUCUUGCGAAGGUCCAUAAGUGAGAGCCAUGAAAAUGUCGCCAUUGGUUUCGAUCCAACAUUGGUGCAGUGGGAAGACUAUCUUAUGAACAUUCAUUUUCCAGGGAUUGUGAAGUAUGUGCUCAAAUAA